AUGGGAACUCAAGAGACAGCGGCCAAGCUACUCUUCUGCACAGUGCGCUGGAUUCGUGGUCUUCCUGCCUACGUUCAUCUCUGCUGCAGAGACCAGGUUCUUCUACUCGAGGCAUCCUGGAGUGACGUUUUUCUGCUUAGCGCUACGCAAUGGGGAUUUCCUCUUCUUGAAGGGGGGUGCAGUGACGACGCCGGGAACGUGGCUGUUCAUCACGCAACAUCGUUGCACGUCAUGCGAGAGACCAUGUCCCAUUUAGCAUCUCUCCAGACUGACCACACCGAAUUCUCAUGUCUCAAGGCAUUGGCACUCUUCAGACCGGAAACACCUGGACUACGCGAUGCGAGUCACGUUGAGAGAGUCCAGGAGCACACAUUGACCGCACUCAUGGAGCACGAAGAGCAGAAGCAGUCCAGCACUGCGGGUUCAGGAAUACGCGGCGCCCGCCUUCUGUUGUUACUGACUUCUUUAAGAAGCGUCGCCAGCCGCUUUAUCGAAGACGCCUUCUUCCGCUCUACCAUCGGACCCGUGCCUAUUGAGAGGAUCUUAUGCGACGUUCUGCAAACUUUAUAAAUUUCAAGGUUGCAAGCAUGGAUACGAAGGCCUGGUAGGGCCAGCGUGCAGUGCGGAGUGGUGCGAACGGUCGGAGAAAGAACUGGAAGGGACCUGCAAACUCCAGCUCUCGUCCAUGUGACAUCGCUGUUUCAUUAUUAUUAGAUAAUGCUGGCUCUCAUGAGGGGGGGUAUCGUUCAUGGAAAGAAAGGAAAACAAAACAAGAAAGAGAGGGCGGUCUGCC